AUGAUGGCCGACAACAACCCCCCCGUGUACACAUUACACUACUUCCCCUUCUCGCUAUACGCUCUCAUGUCUCGUUUCGCCUUUGUCCUCGGCCAAGCAUUGAAUCCGGAAACCGCGCCCAGGCUCGAGGUGAAACUGGUCAACCUCCACCAAGAGGAGAACUACUCGGAGAGCUAUCUCACGCAAGUCAAUUCCAAGGGCCAGGUUCCCGCCCUGACAUCGCCGCUGCUCGACUUCAAUAUUGUGGAGAGCCGUGAUAUUGCCGAAUGGCUAUGUCAGAAGCAGCCGGAACUAUUACCCGAGGAGCACCGCGAGACCAUUGAGCGUCUCAUGGGUGACAUGUACUCGUUCCAUGCAAAAGCACUGCUGGUAGCACCCGACGAUAGGAAAGAUGGGAUCCAGAACCAGGCCGCCGCGAUGCUUGAGUCUCCGGAGCUCACGGGAGCGCAUCGGAGAGCAUUAGAGAUCAAGAGUGUGUUUCACGAUACAUACUAUAGCAGGACUCUUGAGCCAGACAGCAUUUCGCGGGCUGAAAAGCAAGCACAGGUUCUAAUGUCGGAUCUUGCUUCUCUCCUUGAAGUCCACAAAGGUGACGGCAAGACCUGGAUCUUCGGUGAUAGGCCCACGAUUCUCGAUGCCCAUGCAGUGGCGUUCACAGCGCGCCUGCUGGAUCAGAAGAGAUCUGAAUUGGUGUUGGAUGCCGUCAAGGAUUAUGCAGAAGUGGUAUUUAAAACGGAAGAGUGGCGCAAGGUCACCCACGGACGCCCAACAUUGUGGGACGUGUCGAUGGGCCAUGCCGCAGAUUUAGAUCCUCUCUGA